AUGUCCUCAACCUGUACCAACCAAUCCACGCCCCUCCCCUCAUCCCCUGAAGAUACAGACACAACCAUAAUAACCCUCCAAGUGCGAGACAAAUCAAUCCCAACAACCCACUACACCCUAACCCACAAAAGCCCCUACUUCAAAGCCCUCCUCUCCGAACAAUGGAACUCCGCUCUCCCAGACGGCUCCUACUUCAUCGACGCUGACCCCAAGAUUUUCAAACACGUCCUCGAAUAUCUCAGUCGCGGCACCCUGCCCCUCUUCUACGACCGCGUCAAUGGACAUGACUACGGCAAAUACCAUGCUCUGCUAAGCCAAGCGAGCUACUUUGGGAUCAGUGAGUUGGAGACCUGGUUAUGGGAGCAAAGGUAUCUGCAGGCCGUUAGUGUAGAGACAAAGGUCAAGUUAUGGGAGGGGUCUGUUGCGAAGAAUUAUGCGUCGACAGGGUCGAGUGAUGUGGUGGAGGAGGUGUAUCCGCAGUGGGGGUGUCGGAGGAGUUGGGUUUGUCCAAGGGGGAUUAUGGUUCAUGAUGGUAAGCCUGAGGCGUGUGGGAUAAAGUGUAAGAAGGUGGGCUGUGGGGAUAGUUAUGAGGAGGUGCCGGAUUUGCUUGGGGUUAUGGUUGUGCAGAAGAAGGUUGUUUUUGAUAGGACGAAGUGCGUUUGA